CAAAUUACAAUAUUCAAAGCACGAAUUUCUAAAACGAAAUGUGUACAAAGAGAGGGGGAAUUUAGCUACCACACGUUUGGGCUUUAUCUAAUAAACGUCUCCAUCUUUGCCAUAAAGCCACCAUCUCUCUCUCUCUCUCUCUCUCUCUCUCUCUCUCUCUCCUCAAUGGCAGAAGAAACCCAACCAAGAUGGGAAGGCAAGGCCAUUGCUGAGCUGAAAGGGCCAACACCAGACCAAGCGUGGCCGUUCUUGGCCGAUUUUUGCAACAUCCACAAGUUGCUUCCCUCCAUCGACACAUGCCACCGAGUUGAGGGCGUCCAGGGCCAACCCGGCCUCGUUCGGUACGUCGCCUCCACCACGUCCAGUGACAACUCAGAACCGUCGAAGGUCAAGUGGGCCACUGAGCGGCUCCUCAUGAUGGACCCUAGUGACAAGUGCUUCAGCUAUGAGGUCGUGGACAACAAUAUUGGGAUCAAGUCCUAUGUUGCCACAAUUAGAGUCAUGCCCAUGAAUGAUGAGGAUGGUAAGAUGGUUGGGUGCAUGAUUGAGUGGUCCUUUGUGGCUGAACCAGUUGAGUGUUGGGGGCUCCAAGAUAUGAGGUCUUACUUUAAUUUUUGCCUCCAAUCUGUGACCAAGAAGAUAGAAAGUGCAAUUCAAGAAGCUAGUGGGGGAAGUGAGAAAGAUGUGAUAUCUCUUGUUGAUUGAUUAUGCAAGCUUUAAAUAAUUUUCCUAUGAUUUUGUUUGAUCUCUCAAGGUUGUGUAUUGCAUUUUCUUGGAGAUCUCAUCUCAGCAUGAAUUUCCUUUUUCUUUGCUUCAUCUUCUCUUCUGAAUUGUCAUUUGCGUACUGUUGAUUAGAUACUAUACUUUCAAUAAAUUGUGUAGGCUUAUCUCUUG